CCCAAGACAAGAGAUUUCAUAUCUGCGCGUCGCGCGAAGAGGUGCCAGAGUGAUAAAAUAAAAUUUGCAUGAAAUCGCGGCGUGAAGUGCUAUUGAUUGCUUCAUCCGGCAAAAGCUCAUUUUGCUCUCCAAAGCAGCUCUUGUAUGCAAAACUACUCACCGCAGUGUUGAUACAACCAUCAUUCACUGGGCAUGGCUGUUGGUGUUGUGAGGAGAGGAGCCUAGAGCGCGAGAUACUCUAUUGUGAAGUGUGUGGCAAAAUCGCAUCAUGAGAGACAUCACGCCGCUCAUCGUCAUCAUUCCGUUGCUUCUGGGCCGGGAGUGCGCCAACGCAGACUUUCAGGAAUACAAUCUCUUGGACGCCGUGGCGCUUCCCAAUGACGGCGUGACUUUCAUAACUGACGACACAGACAAUUUCCCUGUGCUCAACAUUCAAAAGGAAGCGGACAUUAAAACUCCUUUUCGCCUCAUUCUCCCAGAGAGACUCACUGAUUUCCUCAUCAGAGGAAUCAUUAGGCCUGAAUCACUCUCAGGUGGAUACAUUUUCAGCGUUGUAAAUCCUCUGGAAACUGUAGUUCAACUCGGUGUUCACCUCUCACCAGUAUUGAAUGAGUUCAUGAACAUAACACUUUACUACAGCGAUUCAUCAUAUGAUUCAUCGCGCGAAUUGAACACAUUUGAAAUUCCGUACACGAAGGAGUAUUUCAAUUUCGCUUUCAAAGUUCUACACGACACUGUUGUGUUCUACUUGGACUGCGAUGAGUUUAACACGGUGAAAAUUAAGCGACAGUCCAACGUCUUGACCUUCGACUCCGCAUCGACGCUCUACGUUGGUCAGGCGGGACCCAAGCUCAGGGGCAACUUCGAGGGAUCCUUCCAGUUCCUGAAGAUCUACGCAAAUCCCAACAGUCACAUCAUGAAUGCAUGCAUCAAGCCGGACUUUAAAAAGAAAGGCGAUCAUGGCUUCUCGAGUGUGUCAAUUUCUGGCCCGAUUGAUCCAUUUGCCCCAACAGACACUGAAUCGGGUCUCAAAGGUGAAAAAGGUGAUCGCGGAUUGCGGGGACCGCCAGGAGACAGCAUUCGCGGACCUCCAGGACCGCCAGGACCGCCUGGACUCCAGGGAACGUCAUUCAACAUCACAAACAACGAGGAAUUGUACACAACCAUUCGACAGGUCGCUGAAAAUGUCUUCAUGAUGACCAAGCCGAAGGAAACGUGUGCCUGCAACAUAACAUCAGCUGUGAACAUCCUGAAGAACGACAUAAUAUUCCAAGAACUGAUCAGAGGUCCUCCCGGAAUGCCAGGCAGGGAGGGUCGUCCUGGUCCGAUGGGCGACAAAGGCAUGCCUGGCCCUCAAGGAGCUCGCGGGGCAGUUGGUGCGAAAGGAAGCAGAGGAGAGGCUGGAGAGCAGGGAAGGAAAGGCGAACCUGGUGUUGAUGGAGCUCCUGGGCUGAAAGGUCCUCCGGGACCAGCCGGACCGCCAGGAUUUCCAGAGAAUUAUAACAAUUGGAAUCCAUCGAGGAUGUUUAAGGAAUCCUUAAUUGUGAAUACCAUGCAAAAUCUGAACAACAAUCUGAUGGGCAUCAAAGGUUAUGCUGGAGAAAAGGGCGAAACUGGCCCUCCUGGUGAUAAGGGCAUGAAAGGUGACAAGGGCGACGAUGGCUCUCGAGGGCUUCCGGGCGAUAAGGGAUCUCAGGGCGUGGAGGGUCCUGCAGGGGCGAAAGGCGAGACUGGAAGUCUGGGAAAGACGGGGGCUGUUGGUCCUCCAGGAGCGAAGGGUGAUCGAGGGGAUCCAGGCCCUCCUGGAGGAGUGAUUUACGGCGAUGACGUCGGCUCGAGUCAGUGCCAGUGUUCCAGUGAGAAGGGAGACAAAGGAGACUUUGGCGAGCCUGGCAUGAAGGGUGAGAAAGGCGCCGAUGGCUCUUCGAUGUUCGCGCCAGACUUCAGCAUGUACAACAUAACGAAAGGCGAUAAAGGGGAGCGAGGUCAGAGAGGACGACGAGGAAAACCAGGUCCAGCUGGCGUCAUGGGACCACCAGGAAGACCGGGCGAACUGGGAGACACUGGAGAUCCCGGAUGGCCGGGCUUGAAAGGUGAUCCUGGCGAGAAAGGUGACAAAGGUGAUACAACAGUGAUUGAGGCAGUUGGCGGGGAGAAGGGCGACAAAGGUGCCAAAGGUGAGCCUGGACCUCCGGGAGUGAUCAGCAUGGAAGGUGGCCAGAUCAACCAGAUCACGUCUUUUGAUGGGGAAAAUCAGAUGGGCGUGAGCGUGGUGCAAAACGUCGAAGAACUGAGAAAGCUUAACAGCACGAUCGGGACUAUUGUCUUCCUCGUGGCCGAGGAAGCUCUUCUCCUACGAGUGACCAGAGGUUGGCAGUACAUUUCGUUGGGAACUUAUCUACCUCUCACCUCAUCCCAAAGUCCUAUCAGUCAUUAUGUUCCUCCUCCGGCCUCAAAUCGACCAGAUUCGCAAGGAUUGCAAGCCUCCAAUUUGCUCCACAACAAUCUGGAGCCUGUCGUUGGACCAUCGAACUUAAUGCUCAACACUAUACAAAGGGGGAAGAAAUUGCGAAUGGCAGCACUGAAUGAACCUUAUUCGGGUGAUCUCAAAGGGAUGCGAGGAGCUGACUUUGAUUGCUAUCGUCAGGCGAGGAGAGCAGGAUUGGUGGGAACUUUCCGGGCAUUUAUAUCGGAGAGGAUCCAGAACAUAGACUCCAUCGUCCAGGAGGCCGAUCACAAGCUCCCCGUCGUGAACAUUCGCGGCGAGGUGCUGUUCAACUCCUGGAAAGAGAUCUUCAACGGCCAGGGAGGCUUUUUUGCCCAGACGCCGCGCAUUUACAGCUUCAACGGCAAGAACAUUCUCACGGACACCACAUGGCCACAGAAAGCCGUUUGGCAUGGAUCAGAUGUCCGCGGCGAGAGAGCCAUGGAGACGUACUGCGAGGCUUGGCACUCGGCAGCGUCCACGUCUUUUGGGCUGGCGAGCACACUACUGAGCAACAAGCUCCUCAACCAAGAGAGGAUCUCCUGUGACAAUAAACUGGCUGUUCUGUGCAUCGAAGCUCUGUCGCACAACGACUAGUCAUGCCCAAAAACUCAGGUGAGUGGCGAGAGAGUGACAGAAAAGCCCACUGAGCAGCAUUAAUAUGCCAUCAUUUGCAUGACUCUGUCUCUAAUUGACCGCACAACGGUUGAGGAUCACUUGGUGGGCCAGCAAAGUGGGAUGAUGCAGAGAGGAAUGUCUCUGUAAAUAUCUCUUCAACCAUAUCAGUGUAAAUUGUGUCCAACGAAUAUUUAGAAGAAAUUUUCUACUGAAAUUGUGUAGCACAAAUUUGAGCUCUCUUCUAUUUAACAUCAAUCUUCUCAUUGACCAUAUUAAUUGCAAGAGAUUACACUCCUUUGCACACUGGAAGAGCACACUUUUUAUUGCCAUGAAGAUGGUCAUGUGGAUGGUUUUUUACCCAGAAUUUUAUACGUAAAAAAAAAUACAAUAUAAUGAUAGACAAGAAAUAGAUAACUUUCAUGUGUUCAUAAAUUGUAUUGAGUAUGUAUUUAUAGACGAUCAUUAAUAAUAUCACUGUCUACCAAUUAACAUUGAGUAUUAAUAUUUUGGAAAUACUUGUACAUAGAUUGACUCUUGGAGAGAUUAUAUAGGGUUUUUCGUUAAGAGCAAGAAAAAAAGUAUUGUAGCCUAAUCAGUUUUUGCCGCUAAGAAAUUGUUAAAAGUCAAGUGUUAUUUCCUUGUUUCCGAGUGGAGAAAAUUUUUGUACUUGUAAGCAUUCGUGGCUAUUUAAUCAUUGCAUUAUCAUUCAAAUAAAUCAGUGGAAAAAUUUAUUCCAAAUAGUUGUUUUGGGAGUCAGUGUGUAUUUUUGGACGGUGACUCCUCCAAUUUCAGUUGUCGUCUCUGUCAAUAUUUGCCCAAAUCAAAUAUUCACGUUGCAGCACCUUUUAAUUAGUGCCUUUGCCCUCCGCGCGCAGACCAACAUUGCGUCACAGU